CGAAAAAAAAAACAAGAAAAAGCGUUAUCCUAUCUGUCUUCGCUCUUCGACUCUUUUAACGACUUCGAAAAAGCGCUAUCCGUUGCUUUUAAACGUUAAGCCAACAGCACCCGUCAUUUCCCAAUUCGACGCGGAGGACGCCUGAGCUCAGCUAAGUACAUUCCAAUAUUCCCGACGACAAUGGAUUCCCCUCUCCAAGUGGACAGCAAUUUACCGGUAAACAUCGGCACACUAGCCUGUGUGUUGGUGUUGAUUUCCGCUUUCGUGAUGCUCGGCUUCAGCACCAAAUCUGCUUCCAAGAAUGCUUCUAGUUCGCUGUAUUUGCCUUCGCGUAUACCGAUAUUCGGGAACACGUUGUCGUUCGCUAUGAACGUUGGUCGCUACCAUGAGUGGGUAACUGGUCAUAGCCUGGAACGUGAUGGUCAACCGUUCGCUCUGAAUCUUGUUGGAAAAAGCGACGUCGUGUACGUCUCGAGACCAGAACACUUUGAAGAAAUUCUGAAAACUCAAAACAAAAAUUUCAUCAAGAGUGACAGUGUUCGUGACACUUUCGACGACUUUCUGGGUGAAAACAUUGUACUACUCAAUGGGGAACAGUGGAAGUUCCAUCGCAAAGUCAUGGUCAAUCUCCUCACCCCUCGAGCGCUACGUGAGUACAUAACUCCAGUCGUUCAAGAGAAGGUGUUGGUACUACGAAACGUGCUGAACGAGGCGAGUAGAGCCAAGCAAACGUUCGAUAUGAACAAGCUAAUACGUCAAUUUACCCUUGACACGUUUGUGGAGAUCGGCUUAGGCUGUAAGUUGAACCUGUUAACCUCAGGUGAAGAACACCCGUUUGAGAUAGCAUUUGAUGAAGCGAAUCAUCUCACGAGCAAGCGUUUUUCAACGCCAACGUGGAUCUGGAAACCCAUGCGAUGGCUGAAUAUUGGGAGUGAACGACGACUCCGUGACGCUAUCGGUGAGAUGAAUGAAUUCAUAGUUAAUUUGAUCAUGGACGCCAUGGAACAGGUCUCGAGUCUCAAAGAGAGCGCAACGGAGAACCAUCGUACUUGCAAGAACAUCAUAACCAUUCUAUUGAAUAAUGACCAGGACAUUGCUCCCACUCUAGUGCGAGACAUUGUUUUGACGGGGCUAGAAGCUGGAAGAAAUACGACUGCAGACACAUUAGUGUGGUUGUUUCAUGCGCUGAGUCUCAACCCACGAGUUGAGAAGAAACUUCGCGAUGAAAUCUUGACGAAGAUGCCAAAAUUCAAAGAAUCAGACACCUAUGUGCCGACUUACGAAGAAAUUCAGGAUUUGCCGUACAUGGAAGCCACCAUUCAAGAGACUUUUCGCCUCUUUCCAAGUGUUCCUGUGAUUCCGUAUCAUUGCGCUUGCGAUACUGUUUUGAAGGACGGUACCUUUAUUCCCGCUGGUGUUGAUGUUUUCCUGUAUCUCUAUGGGGCUGGACGCCUUGCAAGCGUGUGGGGUUUACAUGUGUUGUCUUUUAUGCCUGAGAGGUUCCUUGACGAAGAAACGGGAAAAUUGCUUCAAGAUCCACCUGCUAAGAAUUGGGCGUUUGGUACUGGGCCUCGUCUGUGUGUCGGACGGAAUCUGGCGAUGGUGGAAUUGAAGAUGGUGAUCGCAACCGUUGUGAGCCAGUUUACACUGGCCGAAGAGCCUGGGCAGGACGUGCAACCGAUCGUUGAUCUCACCUUGACGAUGAAAAACCCGCUAAUGAUGCGCGUUGAAGCGGCCAACUAGCCGAAGUAGGACAUGAUGACCAAAGUUCAUUCGAUGAUCCACUCUUUCUCAAAAUCUAGGAUAGCUAUUACAUUUUUAUAUAUAUCCUCUACUGAGUCUAGUACUCCAUUGGUGCUGUGAAGAACUUUGAUACAUUGGCACUUGGGCAGAUGCUCGUCGGC